UUGGAAAGCCUGACUUUAGGGAGAGGUUACAGACGCUGCGUGCGGUUCACACUGACGCUUUAAUCACAACUUUAUGCGGAUGCUAGCGAAGUUUGAUAUUCUAAGAAUUUCGCUUAGGUUCUGCAACAAUGCCUGCACUUGCGCUCAGCACCUACGUGGUAAUGUGACCAGAUAGCCUCUGCCGCUUUCUCCUUUGCCUCGGAGUUUAUCGUGGCCCACCCUGCGGCCGUUAAGUUGGCGUGGUAUUUCCAAGCAACGAUUGAAACUAUCAUUUCAAAAGAAGUCUGGACUGGUAGUGGUGGAUGAGCGAAGACCUGGAACUUGGACAUUUUUUUGUGUUUCCAUGAAAUCACACGGAUUGUCUGUCGCUACUGCUGUCCUAGGUAAUGAGGAAAAGAAAAUGGCGGCUGAAAAGGCUAGAGGCGAGGGCGAAGAGGGGCCCUUCAGUCUCACAGUCGAAGAGAAGAAGGCGCUUUGUGGAUUAGAUAGCAGCUUCUUCGGGUUCUUGAACCAAUGCAAAGAUGGCGCCAAGAUGAAGACGCUGUUGAGCAAGGCAAUUCACUGCUAUGAAUCUUUAAUAGUAAAAGCUGAAGGAAAAGUGGAAUCAGAUUUUUUUUGUCAAUUAGGUCACUUCAAUCUCUUACUGGAAGAUUAUUCAAAAGCAUUGUCAUCUUACCAGAGAUACUACAGUUUACAGACUGACUACUGGAAGAAUGCUGCCUUUUUAUAUGGUCUUGGUUUGGUCUACUUCUACUACAAUGCAUUUCAGUGGGCAAUUAGAGCAUUUCAAGAAGUUCUUUAUGUUGACCCUAAUUUUUGCAGAGCCAAGGAAAUUCAUUUACGACUUGGUUUUAUGUUCAAAGUGAAUACAGAUUAUGAGUCUAGUUUAAAGCAUUUUCAGCUGGCCCUGAUUGACUGUAAUGUCUGUACUUUGUCCAGUGUUGAAAUUCAGUUUCAUAUUGCUCACUUAUAUGAAACCCAGAAGAAAUACCAUUCUGCAAAAGCAGCCUAUGAACAACUUUUACAAAUUGAAAGCCUUCCAUCACAAGUCAAAGCAACUGUAUUACAACAGUUAGGUUGGAUGCACCAUAAUAUGGAUCUAGUAGGAGACAAGACCACCAAAGAAAGAUACGCUAUUCAGUAUCUCCAGAAGUCAUUGGAGGAAGAUCCUAAUUCUGGUCAGUCUUGGUAUUUCCUUGGAAGGUGUUACUCAUGUAUUGGGAAGGUUCAGGAUGCUUUUGUAUCUUAUAGACAAUCCAUUGAUAAAUCAGAAGCAAGUGCAGACACAUGGUGUUCCAUAGGGGUGCUCUAUCAACAACAAAAUCAACCUAUGGAUGCCUUGCAAGCCUAUAUAUGUGCUGUACAGUUGGAUCAUGGACAUGCAGCAGCCUGGAUGGACUUAGGUAUUCUUUAUGAAUCUUGCAACCAACCCCAGGAUGCCAUUAAAUGCUACUUAAAUGCAACUCGGAGCAAAAGCUGUAAUAACAUCUCUGCACUUACAUCAAGAAUUAAGUUUUUACAGGCUCAGUUGUGUAACCUUCCACAAAGUAGUCCACAGAAUAAAACUAAAUUACUUCCUAGUAUUGAGGAGGCGUGGAGCCUACCAAUCCCCGCAGAGCUUACCUCCAGGCAGGGUGCCAUGAACACAGCACAGCAGAAUAUUUCUGAUAGCUGGAAUAGUGUCCAGACAUCUUUGCAUCAUUUAGUACAACAGAAAGUUUAUACACAGUGCUUCACAACACAGAAAUUACAGAGUCUUGGUAGACAACCUCCAUUUCAAACUGAGUCUGCACUAUAUCUCCAAGCAGCUAGCACUAGUGAUCAGAAUCAGAAUGGAAAUCAUACUCAGCCUCAAAAUUCAAAGGGGGAUGCUCAAAACCACUUCUCCUUACAUAUUCCUACCUCAGAAGAACAAAAGAUCAUUAACUUUACCAAAGAGAGCAAGGAUUCAAGAAGUAAAUCUUUGAGUUCUAAAACAAGUAGGCAAGAUAGAGACGCAUCUAAUACCUGUGUUAAUGCAAAGGAGCAUUCUAAUCAUAUUAAUCAGAUCUCAUCAGUUCCUAUUUCCAGCCUUAAUAAUGAAGAUUCUGUGUCACCAAAUUUAAUAAUUCUAGACAAUCCUCAGCUUUCUGUCUUGGUUGGAGAAGUUAUUGACAGUGUGGACCGUGACACAGGAACUUGUGAUAAAGUCAGUAAUGUUCAUCCAGCCAUUCAGAAAAAGCCCAAUAAUCUUUCUGCUUCUUCACUCUCUUCAGCUAGUUCCACAGAAACACUUUCCCUAAAGCUCACUGAGCAGACACACAGUCCUCACAGUGGAUUACACACAAUUAAUGGAGAAAGGCAUGAGAACUCCGAGAGUUCUGUCAGUGUUAAUGUUGGCCUCAGACCUAGACCUCAAAUCAUACCAUCAAUGUCUGUGUCCAUAUACUCCAGUUCAACAGAAGUUCUGAAAGCGUGCAGGAAUCUAGGUAAAAAUGGUUUAUCUAAUGGUCAUAUUCUCUUGGAUUUAUGCCCACCUCCAAGACCACCAACUUCACCGUAUCCUCCCUUACCAAAGGAGAAAUUGAAUCCACCCACUCCUAGUAUUUAUUUGGAAAAUAAGCGCGAUGCCUUUUUCCCCCCAUUACAUCAAUUUUGCAUCAAUCCAAAAAAUCCUGUUACGGUAAUACGCGGCCUUGCUGGAGCUCUUAAGUUAGAUCUUGGACUUUUCUCAACCAAAACUUUGGUAGAAGCUAACAAUGAGCAUAUCGUAGAAGUGAGGACUCAAUUGUUGCAGCCAGCAGAUGAAAACUGGGAUCCCUCUGGAACAAAAAAAAUCUGGCGAUAUGAAAAUAAAAGUUCUCAUACUACAAUUGCUAAAUAUGCACAGUACCAGGCCUGCUCCUUCCAGGAAUCAUUGAGAGAAGAAAAUGAGAGAAGAACACAAGUUAAAGACUAUUCAGAUAAUGAAUCAACAUGUUCAGAUAUUUCUGGAAGGAGACAAAAAGCACCCUUUAAAACCAUAAAAUGUGGGAUUAACAUUGAUCUGUCUGAUAACAAAAAGUGGAAGUUGCAGUUACAUGAGCUGACUAAGCUUCCUGCUUUUGUACGUGUGGUAUCAGCAGGGAAUCUUCUCAGUCAUGUUGGCUAUACUAUACUGGGGAUGAAUUCAGUUCAACUAUGUAUGAAAGUUCCAGGGAGUAGAAUACCAGGUCACCAAGAAAAUAAUAACUUCUGUUCUGUUAACAUAAAUAUUGGUCCAGGUGAUUGUGAAUGGUUUGUUGUACCUGAAGAUUAUUGGGGUGUUCUGAAUGACUUCUGUGAAAAAAAUAAUUUAAAUUUCCUGAUGAGUUCUUGGUGGCCAAACCUAGAAGAUCUUUAUGAAGCAAAUGUUCCUGUUUAUAGGUUUAUUCAGCGACCUGGAGAUUUGGUCUGGAUAAAUGCAGGCACUGUUUACUGGGUUCAGGCUGUUGGGUGGUGUAACAACAUCACCUGGAAUGUUGGUCCACUCACAGCCUUCCAAUAUAAAUUAGCAAUUGAACGAUAUGAAUGGAACAAAUUGCAAAGUAUCAAGUCAGUAGUACCCAUGGUUCAUCUUUCAUGGAAUAUGGCACGAAAUAUCAAAAUCUCAGAUCCAAAGCUUUUUGAAAUGAUUAAAUAUUGUCUCCUCAAGAUCCUAAAACAGUGUCAGACUUUGAGAGAAGCUCUUGUUGCAGCGGGGAAAGAGGUUUUGUGGCAUGGGAGGAUAAAUGAUGAACCAGCUCCUUACUGUAGCAUCUGUGAGGUGGAAGUUUUUAAUUUGCUUUUUGUCACUAACGAAAGCAAUUCUCAAAAGACAUAUAUAGUACACUGUCAAAACUGUGCACGAAAAACAAGUGGAAAUUUGGAAAAUUUUGUGGUGCUAGAACAGUACAAAAUGGAGGACCUGAUUCAAGUCUGUGACCAAUUUACAUUAGCUCCUUCGUUAUCUUCUACAUCUUAAUACUGUUCCAGAAAUACUGAGGCCAUUGUUCUUCAUGAAAUAUACUACUUAUUUUAUUGUUACUUCAUAAGACUGCUAUCUCAAAGCAAAGUCUAUGCAACCUUUCAAGAGUAGGGAAUCAGGAGACUAAACAGAGAGCACUACUAAUAUUCCAAGAUUUACAAUGUUGGCCCAGAUGUAUUUCAUAAUUAAAAAUAAUUAAUAGUAAUAGUGGUUUGUAUAUAUCUACCAGAAAUACCAUUUUGACACAGACUAAUAGCUUGGAAACAACUCUUUUUAUGUCUGCAUUUCUGGACUGGCAGAUUUCCUUAUGCUUGUAAGUUACCCAAAGUUUUUUCUUCAAAAUCAAAUAGUAUCUUAUUUGGCAACUAACAAAUUGAAAAACAAUUUUUUUUACAGAUUUUUUUCUAGAGUCAAAAUAAUAUGAAAAAGGCUUAUAGUGAUUUGUCACUAUUGUUUUAAAGUCUUGAUUUCAUGCGAUUACAAAAUAAAAAUAUUAACAGACAGGUAAAAAGAUUAUAAGUCAUAUGUAAAUUUUUCAAAUUGGUGGGUUUUUGUUUUUAAUCUUGACACAAACUUAAACUAUUUAAAUAUAUAUGAAAAAAAAUAUAUAUUGCUUGAAAAUACUUGUGAAUGGAAUGUUGUUAUUUUUUCUAGAUUCACUUGCCAUUAAAUACUAAGGAGUUGUUUAAUUUUAAAUGCCACAAUUAAAUUUUGUAUGUGUAAAUAAAGCUACUUAGCAUUGUACAUAAACUUUUAUUAAAAUUGUUUAGUGUUUAAAGGA